UGUUGUUUGAGCAAGAAUCGAAAAUAAAAAGCGACUAAUACAAUUUCAAAUGAAUAAAGAAAUACUAUUAAAUUUCUUCAUGGUGUACUCUACUCUACUCUGCUACUACUUUUAGCACAACUCUGUAAGAGAGAGAAAAACAGAAACCUUGUUAGACCAUGUUGGCACUCCACCAACGAAAGACUGAGACAUGAUGACUCGAAAAAGUCAGAUAAAAGUAGACAUGAUUCAUGGGAGGGUUUUUCAGAUCUUAAAAAUGACUUCAAAUGACUUUGUAAACUGUAUCGUCUAUUUCUUUAUUUGUUGCGUACAGGCAAAUACAAAUAGUUCCAGUAAACUGACCUCCCCUCCACCCUCCACUCCCCUUAUUUGAUUCCAAAGGUCCGUGCAGACACACUGUUUAAAAGACAGCCCCUCAUUAAAAAAUACAAUAUAUUUUAUCCUCUCACCUAAACACAAUUCAAACCGGAUGAGUCUGACUGCCACUAUGAAAUAUUUGGCUCUGGCUUUUCUGCUUUGUGCUUUGGCACCACUGUCCAAUGGAGCCUGCCACCACAAGGUCAUGAAACCUGACAUGACCCAUUGUCAGGACACUGUGGAUGAGACGUGGCAUGCUGUCGGAUCUUCAUGGAGAAACAGUCGAUGCAUGGACUGUACUUGCGGUAAGUGUUGCAGUGGGUUCUCAAUCCCCGUGGGAUUCCCUGACUACUGCGUGAAAGUUUUUGACCCGGAGGCUUGUGAAUACAUAGUGCACAAGAAGGACGACCCAUCUGUACUAUGUCCUGUUCGUGGUGGAAAAGGAAAGUGAUAAAGUCCUUGUUCUGA